AUGUGCAUUCGCUUGGUGUGCUGCGUUGAAAUUGAUGAGCGAAAUGAAAAAAUAACUGUAACUGAAUAUUUUGGAUGUCCGGUCGUGAUUCCAUUUGAAGCGAAACCAAAAAAGGCUCUCACAGCACUCUGGGAUUGUGAGAAUUUAGUAAUUAAUAAAGAUUACGAGCUGAUUAGAUUCGGUAUAAAGUUUAAAAAACCCGGCACCUUCAAAUGCAAGUUUGCCCUCUCCUACGCAUUCCAUCUGACAGAUAGGAAGAAGACGUGGUCGGUGGACAUCAGCAUCCUUGAAAAUCCCGGUGGGUCUUCUCAAUGUUUUUCAUCUCAAUUGUAA